CUCCCCACCCAGACCACCAGGACCCCAUUUGCACAAGACCGGCCCAGAUGUCUCAGGUGCAGGAACUCUUCCACGAGGCCGCCCAGCAGGGGGCCCUGGCCCAGCCCUGGCCCUGGUGGAAGAUCCAGCUGUUUGUAUGGGAGCCAGUGCUGUUUGGGACCUGGGAUGGUGUCUUCACGUCCUGCAUGAUCAACAUUUUUGGGGUUGUGCUUUUCUUGAGGACUGGCUGGCUGGUGGGAAACACAGGAGUGCUCGUGGGCAUGUUUCUGGUGUCCUUUGUGAUCCUGGUGGCCUUUGUCACCGUACUGUCUGGCAUCGGCGUCGGGGAGCGUGGCGGCGUGGGCAGUGGCGGCGUCUACUCCAUGAUCUCCUCCGUCCUCGGUGGGCAGACAGGAGGCACAAUUGGGCUGCUCUACGUGUUUGGACAGUGUGUUGCAGGUGCCAUGUACAUCACUGGCUUUGCCGAAUCCAUCUCAGAUUUGCUGGGCCUCAGGAAUAUCUGGGCUGUGCGAGGAAUUUCAGUUGUGGUGCUUCUGGCCUUGCUGGGGAUUAACCUAGCGGGUGUCAAGUGGAUAAUCCGCCUCCAGCUGUUGCUUCUGCUCCUGCUGGCCGUAUCCACGCUGGACUUUGUGGUGGGCUCCUUCACCCACCUGGACCCAGAGCAUGGUUUUAUUGGAUAUUCACCAGAACUGCUGCAGAACAACACUCUGCCAGAUUACAGCCCUGGGGAGUCUUUUUUCACUGUCUUUGGGGUUUUCUUCCCAGCAGCUACAGGAGUCAUGGCCGGCUUCAACAUGGGGGGCGACCUCAGGGAGCCUGCCGCCAGCAUCCCCCUGGGCUCCCUCGCAGCUGUUGGCAUCUCGUGGUUUUUGUACAUUGUCUUCGUCUUCCUGCUUGGCGCCAUCUGCACCCGCGAGGCCCUUCGUUACGACUUCCUGAUAGCCCAAAAGGUGUCCCUGGUGGGCUUCCUGUUCCUUUUGGGCUUGUACAUCUCAUCCCUGGCCUCCUGCAUGGGAGGACUCUACGGAGCCCCCCGGAUCCUGCAGUGCAUCGCCCAGGAGAAAGUGAUCCCUGCGCUUGCCUGUCUGGGGCAAGGGAAAGGGCCAAAUAAAACACCUGUGGCCGCCAUCUGCUUGACCAGCUUGGUGACCAUGGCCUUUGUCCUUGUGGGUCAGGUGAAUGUUCUGGCCCCCAUCGUCACCAUCAACUUCAUGCUGACGUAUGUCGCGGUGGACUACUCUUACUUCUCCCUGUCCAUGGGUCCCUGCAGCCUCCCCCAGGUAUCUGAGCCAGUGCUCAGGGAGGACCCAGAAGCUGUCCACUGCUCUGAGCACCUGCUCUUGGAGAAAGCUCCCAGCUAUGGCUCUGAGGGCCCUGCCGAAAGCGUCUCUGAGGGCACGCUGCUAGAAUUCACCAAGGACAUGGACCAGCUCCUCCAGCUAACCAGGAGGCUGGAGAGCAGCCAACCCAGGCAAGGAGAGGGGAGCAGGGUCCCAGAGAGUCAGAAGAGGAAACACAAGAAGGCCACCAAGCAAACCCUACAAGACAGCUUCCUCUUGGACCUCAAGUCCCCUGCUUCCUUCCCCACUGAGGGCUCUGACAGGUCACCCACUGCCUCCUGGGAAGGGCAGGAGUCCUGCCGGAACAAGCAGCCUUCCAGGACUGGAGGGACUCAACCUGGUGGGAUACAUGGAGAACAAGUUGUCCCUGAGCUGUGUAACCAGUCUGGGCCGAGUGGAGAAGAUUUCUUCCUGAAGUCCAGGGUCCAGGAACAAGAUAUCCAGAGGAGACCAACUUCUUUCUACAGCCACAUGUGUAACCCCUGGGUCUCCCUGUUGGGGGCUCUUGGGUCCCUUCUCAUCAUGUUUGUGAUCCAGUGGGUCUAUACCCUGGUUAACAUGGGUGUUGCUGCCAUUGUGUAUUUCUACAUUGGCCGGACCAGUCCAGGGCUUCACCUUGGAUCAGCCUCCAACUUCAGCUUUUUCCGGUGGAUGAGGUCUCUUCUGAUCCCCUCCUGCAGGAGCUUGCGGUCCCCCCAGGAGCAGAUAAUUUUGGCACCGUCCCUGGCCAGGGUUGACAUGGCGAUGACGCAGCUCACCCAGGAGAACGCAGACUUCGCCACUCGGGACCGCUACCACCACUCCUCCCUCGUGAGUCGGGAGCAGCUGAUGCCUCGGUACUAGACGCAGCGCUGGGACCUGCCUCUUUGGGUGCUGUCCUGUGCACAGUGGACCCAAGUCCCGCAACCUUUGUGGAGCUGCUCCUACUCAGUGAGAAACUCAAGGCCCGUCCUCCCACUGCUGUUCUGGACAAUGGAAACC